AAGUAUCUAAUAGUCCAACUCAUCAUGAUAUUUACUGUCAAGUUGCAAAUAGGAAUUUUGAAGAUUAUCAUUCCAAGAUGGAACACCAAAUGUAUACAAAAUAUAACAUUCAAGAAUGUAAUUAUCAAGUUGGUGAUUUGGUAAAAAUACAAAUUGCAAAGAUUAACUGUAGACCUACAUUUCUAGCUAGUGAAGUCUUGCCACUUGAACCAAGAGAAUUUUCUGAACUAAACAAUUCCCCAACCUAUAAAAAUAUCAGUAUAGUUGAGGCAGCAAGAUUGCAAUCUAAUGCCUUUGCUAGUAAUAAAGGUUGCAACUGUAGAG